GCUCCGAAUUCUGGGAAACAGAUAAUCAAGCAUGCGAUAUCUACAGUACAUGAACUUCAGCGGAGCGCUUCUCAUCCCCUUCUCCCUCUCUCUUUUUUCUUUUUUUUUUUUUCGUUCUCAAUUUUCGCCUUUGGGGUAGGAUUUACUUUUCUUGACUCAAGAUCUCAUCGUGCAUCGCUACCACGCAUUUCACUUGUUUCCUGCCAACACUUUCUGCACCUUCAUCUAUCAAGUUAUCCCAUCAAGGCUUCAGCCUUCAACUCAAUAAAGUUAUUACGCAGCCAGUAAUAACACAAUUACCUUAGUUUUCAGGUCCGGAUCUUGCAGAGCCGAGCACAGCCAUAGACAGCCAUAGACGAGUCCGAGAGGCUUUGGAGGGGGCAGGAAGGGAAAGAGAGAGAGAAAAAAAAAAUACUGGAUCUCAUCGAAGGUGCCACAGGGGCAAACUGUCCAGCCGUGUUGGCCUCCAGAUUGACUCUUCAGAUUAACCAAAAUCUAUAUCAGAGACACCGCCGACACGAACAGGGUAGCUUCCGGCCUGCAACACCAAUCGGCUCGCUUCUGUAUUACUAAAUCCCACGCUGUUCAUCAAUCAAAGUCGUCGACCCUGUUUCCGUCGCUGUCCCUUGCGCCUUUCGUUGCUUGCCUGGUUGCUGAUUCCUCAGUUUACUCUACUACCGGUACCGGUAGAGAGUACUCGUACUGUACCACCUCACCGUCUCUUCUCUUUAACACUCCCCCUCGCUCGUUCUCCACACCCCCCCAUCUCUCUUCAACCCCCCCCCCCCCAAUCUCUCCCUCUUUCUUUUUUUCUUCUUCUCUUCUAAUCUUCCCCUCUCUCCCUCUUACCGAACUGUGCAAUCGCUUUGUCCACUGCACUCGUUGUUCGACCUUUACGCCCAUUACCAUCGUUACUAUCUCUUUACAGUCGCUACAGCCGAGAUUAAUAAACUGUAACUCUACUGUUACAACAUAAUAUAAUAUAGUAUGUGUGCUUUCCUUCAUCUAUCCUCCUUUAUAUGCAGUUGCAAUUUAAUAGUUAUGCUUUUGUGUUCUGCACAUGUUUCCUGCUGACACUAAAUCAUUCCCUAGGAGCCCUAUAUCCUGCAACUUCCCUUCCGCUGCUCGAUAGCUCUACUCUGUUAUAGGUUGUUGAGGCUUAUCUCAGCGUCUGUGGAAAUACAAUUGUAGUGAGGAUUGUUUGCCGAUCCCUCUUAUAAAACUUAAUUGUGUCGGAAGUCUGUCGAUUCGCUGGAAAACCUUGAGGGCGGGUCAAUUGCUCGUUUCCUGGUUUUCGGUAUUCAACCCAGUCUCAGAAAUCACUUCUUCCGCUAGUCUGUUACCGAAGCCAAUCAGAGACUGUCAAGAUGAGUUUCUGGGAUCAUAUGGAGUUGUGGGAGAAGAUGUUGCUUUUAUUAGCUAUUGGGAUGGUUUGUGUACUGUUCGCAGGGGUUAGCAAGAUGACCUAUACCAAACUUCGAGUGAGGAAGUAUGCGAAGAAGGCCGAAGCAAGGAGGUCACAUUUGCAGAACAUGCGAGAGAGUCGCCAUGUGAUCGAUCUUAGAUCCGACGAGAUUCCAUUUGGUAUCAGAGCCAUCGAGGCUGGCAUUGAAGUUGAGGGCGUUGUAAUAUCACGCCCCCCUACACCAACCAGGGCCAGCUACAAUCCGAGCCAGGUUACUCUUGUGGCAUCCGACGCUGACAGCAUGAAAUCACGCGGGCAAUGUCCUCCAAGCCCGAGGUCAGCACAGGGCUUCUAUGGAACUUCCGCUCCAAUGAAACAGAUGGCACGAGGAGGACCAAUGGUAUACCAGCCCAGUCCUUAUCUACCGAUGCCGUCCCCAACACAUCACUCUGGGGCGUCUUCAAUCCGCUCGAGUGCUUCUUCCGUUGCUUCGACUGCUACACCGACUCCGCCUCUUACUCGCGUAUCCUCAUCUGAGAAAUUGGGUAGAGGGUCGUUUUCAGAAGGUGCUGAUGGAGGAUUCUUGGACGGGGUUCGCGGUGCACCUACAAGGGCUACUACGAUACCGGAUACUUUGGCAAGGUUGGAAGGCAGGACGACUUCGCCAGCGCUUGAACAUCGUAGGAGCACUGGAUCACGGCACCACCGGACCCAUAGCAGGACCCCCAGCCCUCCGGAGGGUCCGGGGUCCCCAGCACUACCGUCGGUUGAUGAGAAUGAGAUAUCGGAGGGAUCAUCUCGUGCAUCUGACUCUAGUGUAGAGAGUAUGGUAGGAGCCGCACAGCCACGCCUAGUCUCGACCUAUUCUACGCCGAUACUGCCAACAAUGCACCGAAUUUCUCAGCCACUGCCGGAGGGUGUGCAAGGGGACCUCUCCCUCCUUCAUGAGCACCGGUUGUCCCACGCAGCCGAGGUCGGGCAGCUUCUCCCCCGCCGUCGCGAUACGCUUAGGAAUUCACAGAUUGUUGGUAACCCUGUGGCUGAGUCUCCCUCCUCGUAUUAUUCCCCGGCCACUUCGGACAGAGUAUAUGCCUUGGAUAUUGCGAUUCCACCAGCAAUGCCAGGGGUCGAUGGCCUUCAGUUUCCGGCACCUGCGGUCACGGUUGGAUCAUCGGCGAGACCUGAGCGGAUAAGAUGGUUGUCCGAUCCAGCGUCUGGUGCGAGCGAUGAGCCAAUGUUUGACGGUCCGUGGUUAUCCAAGCCAGGGGGCAAUGAUGACACGGAUGGUUCCGCUUCCCCAAAGACGGCCGAUCAAUCUGGUCCAACCACGCCAAAAUCCAAAGUGCCGGCGGAUUCCUCAUCCGAUUCAGAACCGGCCAAACAGAAACCUAAAAGGUUACAAAAGAGGAAUAGGAAGAGCCGCGGUAGCCCGUCCCGGAGCUCGGCUACGGAUGUCGACUUGGAGGCCCAACGAUAAUGGGCGAAGAAGGAAGACGAUUUGCAUCUAUUUUGGACGGUUGGGUUUUUUGCAUUUUAUUUCCCUUACUAUUCGUUUCUUACCCUCAUUUGCACUUUACGGCGUUUGUUUCACUUUUUUUACACUUUCAUGACCGCAACGCUAUUGGAUUUUGAUGAACGCCUAUGAGUUCUUCCUCGUUGGUCCGAGCGAGAAGCCGGCAAUACACGUGAGAAUUAGGGAGGGGAUCAUUAGGCUCCACACAACCUGGCUGGUUUUUUGUUUAAGAGAAAAGGUCGAGCAGGUUUUAUUAUGAUUUAACUUUUUUUUUUUUUUUUUUACCUCUUUCUUUCCAUUUCCUUCUCGUUUAGUUUUUCUAUCUCCACGUUGGUCUGCUACCAGAUUAUUGGAGUACGGGCCAACCUUAAUAUCAGGAUAUUUACCACACGUCUAUCCAACCGGUUACGAUGGCUGGUUGGCAGGUAAACAAUAGCAAUAACAAGGAGGAGGUGGAAACAGGGUAAAAGAGCAAAAAAAAACUCUAAAUUCUGACUUGGCUCUUGUUCUUUCACUUUUUUCAUUUAUCUAUCUAUUUGUUAUUAUUAUUUUCCUUUGGACUGUUGUGUGAAGUGAGCCGAGCCGGCUUGGGCGGGUUCAGGAAGAGCAGAAGAUCAGCGACAGGGAUAGAGGUUGGUUAUUGCAGCGCCCCACAGCAUCAAUCUUGUCGCUGUUCGCAAGGGCAAACGGGAAUUUCCUAAAUAAAAAGUGGGGCAGGAAUGGUGGAGCUUACUCGAGUACACUGCUUGUACUCCUCUGUACCAUAGCACCUACAUACUCAUACAUG